AUGGAUCCGUUUUUGGAUAUGUUUUACGCGGUGGAUACGGACGCCAGCGAAGUGAUUACCAUCAAUGAACUACACGAGUAUGUCGAGCGUAAUGGCCUCGAUGUGACCAUGGUUAAGCGAUGGCAAGAACUGUUCGACCCCGAUAACACUGGCAGUAUCACACUGGAUUCUUUCUGCGAUGUACUCGGUGUGCAAUUGGAAGCUGCACGUAAAAAUCGAGAGGUAUAUGUGCAAAACGUCCCCAGUCUCCCAUCGGACAUCAAAAAGAUCGCUGCAAAUAUGUCGCUGGCGGAACAGAUCGCAAUAGCCGAGUACACAAAGAAACUGGUCAGCAGAAUGGAAUCGGUAGAUCGUCAGAGCCUGACACGGCAGUUAAAGGAAUACCUGGACAAGACAUACGAUGCGUUCUUUGCGAUCGAUACGGACAAUUCCGAGGCAGUCACCAGGGAUGAGUUGAAGAGGUUUGUGGAACAGAACAAUUUGGAUCCUUCUAUGAUUAAGCGCUGGAAUUUACUGUUUGAUACGGACGGAUCGGGAACAAUCACGCUUGAAGAAUUUUGUCACGGACUGGGUAUCGGUGUUCCGGAGGCACGGGGCUAUCGGGAUCAGAAAGUGCAUAUGCCAUCCAUACUACCCAGUCUUGGUGCCGAUGUUUCUGUGAUUUCUGCCACAAUGCCAUUUGAUCAACAGAUGACAGUGAUUGACAAGGCCCGGGAGCUGAUCAAAGAUGAAAACUUCGAUGGGAACAGUGUGAGCAGUGAGCUAAAACGUCAUCUGGACCUGAUUUACGGUCGAAUGUGGCACAUUGAUACGGAUUACGAUGAGGUGAUCACUGUGAAAGAUUUAUCAGCUUAUGUGGCUAAAAAUCACCUGGAUCCUUGUUUGAUACCGAAGCUCUUUAGGUGGAGUCCGGUGAAUUCUAAGGAAAACCUGUCGGGGCAGUCAGCUUACAUGCUAACUGGUGGAUGCUACAUGCCUCUAUUAAUCCGGCGUCGAAGCACCAUUUCGCAGGAAUCUAGCCAGUUUCCUCUCGGGGCUGAUAUCGAAGAGUUGGCGGCGGAUAUGCAACACGGUAUGAAAAUCAAUGUGAGCAACGAGGCAAGACGUUUAUUACGGGUCGGCGGUGACAAUGCUUCAGUGGNAAGGAGUUGA